GACAGCAUGAGGAGCUGAUUCGCCACUUGGAUGAGUGGCUUCAGAAGCUGGAGCGCUCCAUGGAGAGGCAGCUGCUCUCCGCAGACGCAGCGCAGUUCCCAGAGGCAGAUCCGAGGCCGCGGCGCCGGUCCCUUCGUCUUCGGGACGGAAUCAAGGACGACAUCGCCUCGCCGACUUCUGCCGCUGCUGCCGCUGCCCGUCUUGGCCAACCGACGCUCAAGAGGACCUGGAGCUACGAAGUGGCCAAGGCCCGCGGUACUGACGUGGAGACCUUCAAGCAGAUGAUGUCCACAACUGACCAAAUCCAAGAACCCACCGCGCUCCGAGUGUUUUUCACGGACGUGCAGCAGAAAGCACGGCUUGUGGCCGACAACCUUUACUUCAACGUCUUCUUUGCCGUUGUCAUCAUGUCGAACUCCGUUUUUCUUGGCAUGCAGCUGGAGUGGAGCGCGCUGCGCGUCGACAGGUUUGUGGAGCCGGGAUUCAUCGUAGCGCACCUGAUGUACGCUGUUCUCUUCACCGGAGAGAUGUUCAUCCGCAUCACGGCCGCGGGGCCGAAAACCUACUUCGUCGGGAAUGGCUGGGCGUGGAACUGGCUCGACGUCUUUGUGGUGGUCCCGGCCUGGGUGGAGUUGGCGCUGGACUUGAGCGCGAGGAACGACCGCGCAGAAGGCGGGGCUGCGAGCAACUUCCGCAUCAUCCGGGUCUUCAAG